CUACCGGCUCCUCGAGCGCUGGCCGGUGGUGACACUCUAUAAUGACUCCCGUGCGCGAGGCGGCGGCGGCAGCAGCAUCCUGAUCAAACAACAGCAGCAGCUCCUCCGCAACACAGCCCAGGUGUGGUUAGCUGAAACGCAGCCAUGAUGAAAUCGGGCGCCACCAAGGUGGGGCUGCCCAAGUCUGGACUCCAGGAGCGGACCAAGCAGAACUCCUUUGCUUCAUCCUCCUCCACCACCACCUCCACAGCCAUGAAGACCUCCAGAUCCUCCAACACACUGGCCUCAGACCAGCGCCUCAGUAGGAUGAAAAGAGCCAGCAGUGACGAUGCCUUGACGAAGCCGGCACUGGGAGCGGCCUCUGGCUCCCGGAUGAAAAAGACCGUAACCACUGGAGCCAUCUCAGAUCUGCUGGAGGCCCGCCCUCGCAGCCUGUCGGGUGCACAAGCAGCCAAGAAGUCGGGUAUCCCAGCUCCUAGAGAAAUCCCUUCUUCCAUAACAAGAGACCGCAUCUCUCUGAGGGACCAGCUCAGGAGCAAUGCCACUAAAAAGAUGGUUUCCAGUGCCAGCACUUCCAGCCUCUCCACUCUGGCAAAGCCCACACGUAGUUCAACCACAAAGUCCCGUGGAGAUGCCGAGAGCCAGGAAAGGGGCCUACUGGAGACCCAGGUGAAAGAGCUGCUGGCUGAGGCCAAGGCCAAAGAGUUAGAGAUCAGCAAUCUCAGGAUAGAGUUGCACCGCUGCAAAAGUAAAGCCUCCAGCGCUCCCUCUUCACCAUCAACCAAUUGUGUCUCGUGGGAAGAGCCUGAUGCAAAUGGAGAGCAGGGACAGAUGUCAGAGGCCAUCGUGCUGGUUGGGGAGCUGAGGGAGAAGAACGGGAAGUUUCAGAGAGAGCUGGCAACACUUAGGGAGGAGAACCAGACACUGAAAGAGAAGCUGCUUUUCUUGGAGGCCUCUCCUCUCUCUAGUACAAACACAAGCUCCCUGUCCAAGCCUCUGGUGAAUGGCCUCCCCUCAGAUUCCUUAAAUCCACAACAGGACAGUCGCUCUUCUCCUGCCAGCCCUCUGAAGUCCUCCGUCUCCUCCGGUUCUGACAUCACCAAGGACUCACCAUCACCCGACUCCUCAGAGUUUGAGAAGAUCCCCUCACGGUCAGAGUCAGAGAGUAGCGGAGUCAGCGGAGGGCAGGAUGUGCAGAGGUUGACAGAACAGAUCCACAAGAUGGAGGAGAGCCACCACAGCACAGCGGAGGAGCUGCAGGCCACUCUGCAGGAGCUGGCCGACCAGCAGCAAGUGGUGCAGGAGCUGACGGCUGAGAACGAGCGCCUGGCCGAGGAGAAGCGCCUCCUGCAGACCUCCCUCCAACAGCAGAGGGAGCGCGUGGAGGUGCUGGUCCAGAAGAAGGAGGCGCUCGCUGGCCGCCUCCAGGAGCAGGUCGAAGCCCAGGUCCAGAGGGAGGAGGAGCUGGGCAGCCAGGGGCCCCGGCUGGCCGAGCUGGAGCAGAGGUACAGUGAGCUGGUGGAGAGCUCGAGCUUUGAACGAGAGAAGCUGGUGGACAUCCAGCAACAGCUUACAGGCAGCCUGCGGGCUCUGGAGGAGGAGCACCAGGAGGCCCAGGGCCAGGUGCGCCUCGUCAGAGAGGAGAUGGAUAAGCUGCAGGCCCAGCUGGACAGAGAGCGGGAGGCUGGAGCUCAGGCAGCACUGGCUGCAGAGGAGCAGUGGGCCACAGCAGACUGUCUCAGACUGGAGAACAGUAGGCUGAAAGCACAGGUGGACAUUGAAAGGCAGAAGGUGGGUGAGCUGAAGGCCCUGCAGAGUGCCGGUGACAGCAGUGAGGUGCAGAACUUGCUGAAAACAGCUCACGCCGAGAGAGACAGGCUGGAGGUGGAGCUGACGGAGCUGAGGCAGGAGCUGCUGGAAGCCCAAGCCGUCACUGAGCAUGUGCGAGCCACAAUGUGCAAGGUGGAGGCCAAAUGCCAGCAGGUUCAGGAGCGGGCCGAGAGGAGGGAGCAGGAUCUGGGCAGCCGGGUGACUUCCCUGGAGGAGGUCGGGGUCCACGCUGAGAACCAGGUGAAGGAGCUGAAGGAGACCAUCUUUGAGCUGGAGGACCAGGUGGAGCAGCAGAGGGCCGUCAACUGCCACACCAAGCAAGCCGUCCUGGACAUGGAGAAUCUUGUCAAAAAGAUGGAGGAGCAGAAAGUAGAAGCAGACCGCCAUAUGAAAGUCUUGAGUAGACAGGUGAAGGAUGAAAAAGAAGAGUGGCGUCGGUUCCAGGCGGACCUCCAGACAGCCGUGGUGGUGGCCAACGACAUCAAGGUGGAGGCUCAGCAGGAGCUGCGUGCUCUCCGGAGACAGCUGCAGGAGGAGCAGGAUCGCAGCGCCAAGCUCUCCACAGACCUGGAGGCCCUGCAGGGUGUCAGGUCCCAAGGUGACGAGGUGAGGCUGUCCGACUCUGAUAUCCAGCGGCAAUGGUGCGGCAUCUCAAUGAUCCCGACCACACCCAGCGACGCCAGUGGGGAGGCCGACUCAGUCCCCGGAGUGACUCUCAUUAAGUCCUUUGAUACUGUUGGACCGAAUGGGCCCAGCCUCACAGUUCAGAUGCACUCCAGCCCCAGAAGCCUGCUGAGUGGGAUCUCUGUACGCUCUGCACCUGCUGCUGCCGUCUCCCCUAUCCAGAGACAGACGUACAUAAAGCCGCUAUCCAAGACAUUGGAAAAGAGAAUCAACCAUGGAGAAUUCUCUCUUCAUCAUGAUAAGUUGUCGGGCUGCGGGGAGGACCUGAAACCUAACAGCCUGAUGAGGAAGAGCCCUUCUCUGGAGUCUGUGAUCAAAACCUCUGCCUCCUUCAGCAGCCGCACAGCCUCCUUCAGCUACAACCGAGGAAACAGCAAGCUGAGUGUGGAAAGAAAGGACCCCUUGGCUGCACUGGCGCGGGAGUAUGGAGGAUCUAAGAGAAACGCACUACUGAAGUGGUGCCAGAAGAAAACAGAAGGCUAUCCGAAUAUUGAUGUUACCAACUUCAGCAGCAGUUGGAGUGACGGCUUGGCUUUCUGCGCCCUCUUACACACAUAUCUGCCCGCCCACAUCCCGUACCAGGAACUCAUCAGUCAAGAUAAGGUAGACAAAUAUAGAAAGAUCGCACACACACCCUCAAGUAAUAUCCUCACACUUACAGUUUAACAGGUGGUUCAGUGCGUAGAUGGGUUAGGGAAUUGGGCCUACCUGGAACUGUCCCAGGGGCCAAAAGUGUCAGGAACCCCCCUGGGCUCCACCUAUAAAAUAUCUCUGAAAGAGUCAUGAAUAUACUCAAAAUGACAUCAAACAAACAUAAAAGAGAGACAGAUAAGCUGCAAAGAGACCAAAACAACAACAAAUAGAAACUACAUUUCUGCAAAGAGACUGAAAACGACUACAAAGAAUUACAAAACAAAUACAGAAAGUGAUCAGAAAUACACUAAAACAAGGACUGUACAAAAUGAAAGAAAGCCACUGCAAAAAAACACAAAGCAACACAAACUUAAAGCUAAACAACUAAAUAAUAUGUGUUUUGCAUCCGUGUAGGAGAGUCUUCUGAAUGCCCAGGGACCCAUUAUCUCCAUUGGAAAGUGCCUCACCAGCAGUUAUACAAUUCAAAAAGCGCACAAUAAAACUGAUUGGAAAUAGAUGUAUUUAUAGAAUACAUGUAAAACACUUCUCAUGCACCGAGGCUCUCUCCUCAAUGUAGUCUUUCCUCACACGCAUACAUCUCCAACUCUAAAUGCAGACUCACUUGUAAACUAUGGUGGUGAGCCGCCAUACUCAUACAUCUACAUGCUAGCUCUCCCGUUCAUAUCAGUUUGCAACAGAACAGUGAAGUCACUCACAUGUAUUGUACAGAGCAUAGUGUAAAUGUCACAGAGCCCCAAAAAGGUUACCACAACAAUGACUGGAUGCUUAGCUGACAAAAUGAUUUCCUGUGUAGGAGGUUGAAUUGUUACAGAUGAAUCCCGAGAAAGCAUUUGUUUAGUACGGUAGACUCUUCACAGUGUCUUCGAGGAACUCUACGUUCAAGGAAGUAAAGUUGAGUACAGCAAACAAGUUGCAGACUCAGUGUCAUGGUGUCCUCUCCCCAACUUGCAGGCGUGUGCCUCCAGAAAAUACCACACAUAAAGCCGCAGCAAGUUGUUGUGGAAAACGUGUAAACUGUGAAAACGGUCUGAAAAAUAUACGUUUACCAAGAGACAAAUAAAAUCUCUGUAAUUAUGCAUGGAAGCCAUUUUCCACCAUUAAACUGUGCUAAAUUGACUUCCUUUAUGAGGCUGUAGACUUUUUAUAGGUCUGCCAUAAUGCCCACACAGCAUUAAGAGCAGCCUGAAGAUUAAUUAUGGAUGUUGGUGAUCCUGAGGAUGGCGGCAGGAGACACGCUGUCAUGUGGACAUGCAGGUGGUUUGGAACUGUACAAACAAUAUGGCUCCUCUCGCCGCGGCUCUUUCAGCUUGCUAUGAUAUUAAAACAAUAGACACACACCUCUGACACAUCCUACGUGACAAAUGAGUCAUGUAGGCAUGUGCAUCGUUUUGUUGGGGUGAGUGUGUGACAUUGUGCUGAUGAUAGGCUUCUUUCUGAAUAAUUCAAUAGAAGCAUGUUGGCUGUAAUAACUCGUGCUGAGUGACUUUUCCUGAGGCCCAAACACUGUAACCUUUUCCCAGAAUAAUAUGUCCUUCGGAUGAUUCCAUUACUUCCAUCCUUUACCUUUAUAGUCAAACUAAUAUUUUAGGUGAAGGAUAAGUCAUAUCAGUAUCAAUUCAUCAUCCCAGUUGUGAUGUCUAGUUUCUUUUGAAGAGAAUAGUUGGGAAUUUUGUAUAUGGGGUUAGAUGAAGUACUAAUCCAUAAUGUGUUAUGUACAGUAUAUGUCAUUGUUGUUGACUGUGGCAGAAGGAACACUUUUAGCAACUGAGAAAAAUCCAUAUGAAUGUUAUUGUGCGCUAUGUUUAGAAUACUUUCCCCACUUUAACUUGCUGUGAGACAGCCUUUCGACUGACGCCAUCAUUGCAUCUAUGCUUUCUUUAAAGCUCCUAGACUCUUUUGAGUUCUGCAAAGUAAAACUAUUGUUUUUGUCAAAGGAGUCUUGUGGCUUUUAAGAGAAGGAGAGAGAGAAAGA